AUGUCGACCUCGUCCUCGUCCCGCCGGCUCCCCGACGAGCUCGUCGUCAUGGUCAUCGACUGGUGCGAUCACCUCGACGACAAGCGGCUCGGGACGCUCGCCGCCCUGUGUCGACUCAGCAAGCGGUUCACGCCCGUCGCAGAGCGGCUUCUGUACUCGGACCUCGUCCUCAACUCCUACCCCGGGGAGCCGCUCAACACCAACUCGGCCCUGUACGCCCUGAUCAAGCACCCGCGGCUCCGCCGACUCGUCAAAAAGGUCGACCUGUACAUCGAAAACGAGUCGCUCGACGACAUGAGCGACGAGAUCAUCCACGUCCUGUGCGGCAUGCCCAACAUUCAGGACAUGUUGGCCCCGGCGCUCCCGGCCGCACGACUUGUCCUCGCCAAUCCCGAGUGUCGCCUGCUGUCGUUCAACCCGUUUCGAUGGGACAAUGACGCGGCCAGUCUCAUGGUCGAUCGCCCGACCGCCUUCACCGUCCUCCAGCACGUGGGGGUGGAAUUCGAGGACGGACUCACCAAUGGCCCGCCGCCUGUGUUGCCGGCAUUUAGCAGCCUUGCCGUUCGUAGAGGUCACGAGCUGCCGGCAUUUGCGCUCUUUACCGCACCUCUGGCCGGUCAGCUCACAGACCUCGUCAUUUACCACUCGUCGAACCCGUUCUCGCCGGCGGACCUGUCGGCCUGGAUUCGGCUUCGGCGGCUCGAGGUGUACACGUGGGUCCUUCACGAUCGCGUACAGCUCGACCGCAGCAUCCCGGGCGUUGUCGCCAUCCUCCAGUCGGUCCCUCGGUCACCCGUCUUCACGUCGUUCGCCCUGCGCCUCGUCGCGAGCGAGAGCGGCUCGACGGCGGGAGCGGAAGCGUCUUUCGAGCUCCCUGCCUCGUCGAACGACAUCCUCCUCGCGCUUCCUCCUCACCUCCACCACCUCUCCCUCGUCACCAACGCCAUCCGGUCCGUCGACCUCGCGACCUACCUCCUCAGCUCUCUUCGCCCGCCCGCCCUGCGCACUCUGCGCGUCGGUCACGCGCUCGGGAGUGGGUUCCGCGCCAUUCUCGACGACGCCGACGGCGUCCACAGCGCGCUCGCCGGCGAGCUUGAGCGCGCCGGCAUCGAGGUGACGACGACGGCGGCGGAGCGAUGA